AUGAAUACAAAACUUCUUAUUUCAUUAUUCAUAUUUCUUUGUUUACACAACGUUGCAAAUGCGUACAACUGCUCAAAAGCAAUGUCCAGCAUAACAUUUCAGGACUUUACAUUGUCUAGUAUAAUUCAUGCUCAUACAUCGACAGGUAAGAACUUAGGUAGCUGGAUCCAUUUCUUUUUCAGGCAUUUUAAUAAUGGAAAUGAUGCUAUAAAAUAUGUGGAGACAACAAAUAUAAAUACUUUAGAUGAAAAGGAUCAUCAUUGUUUUAUUAGAGGUUUUACGGUGUUCCUAAUUCAUGCUUAUGCUAAGGAUAUAAAAGCCAUGUCAAAUACUGAUAAUUUUGAAACGUAUUUCAGAAAUUUAUUAAAGGAUAUUAAUCCUGAUAUUGCUAAAGAUUUCUUAACGGUUUUAGAUAACAAAAUACUUUUAGAUCAUAUGGAUAGUAUAAUUCUUAAAGAACAGGAUUAUGCAAACUUGAAAAGAGAUGUUAAUAUAUUUAAACAAAAUAUAAAUCCAGUAAAUGGAAAUAAUCAUGCUACCUAUAAAAAUGUUCCAACUAGACUUUUUGAGCCAUAUGAAAUACGAGCCUUUAAAAGAGAGUAUAUAACUAAAGAUGAAGCGUCAAUUAAUGCAAAUGAAGUAUAUGCUGCUCGUGACUACCAGUAUUUGGCUUUCCUUGGUGUCGUUGAUCAUUAUUAUAAUUCUGAUAUAACAAAGCCUGCAAAAGGAACUUCUGUAGUUAUUGAGAGUAGAAAAAGAUUAGGUUUGAGGAAACGUAGUAGUUCACUUGCAUUAUUAGGGCCACAUGAAAAUAACCCAUUUUUUGGUUUUUGUGAAAAGAAUGGAAAUGAAGAAUAUUUUGGAUCACUUGAUGAUUUGUUGCCUUCCUUUUUUUCAAUUAUUAAAACGAAAAUGCUGCUUGGACAUAAUAGAUUUUUAAGAGAAUUUGAUUAUUCCUUAAUGAACAAAACUUACAAAAUUCCUAAUCUAAAAGGUUUUAGAUUUUUGAAACAACUUUUUAGAAAAAAAAACUUAGAAAAUUUUGUAGAUAUGUAUGCUGGUCUAAUGUCAACUGAGUUAGAUUUUUUAAGAGAGGAUUUUCUAGAUUUAUUUGAUACUACCAUAAAUUGCCACGCACGUGAGUUUGCAAAUCGUGCAGGAGAUAACUAUUUUGCUAUUAAGGAGAAAAACAUGGUAGCUUGA